GUCUGAGAAGGUGUGAGUAGUGAGGAGGUGUGAGAAGGUGUGAGUAGUGAGGAGGAGUGAGGAGGUGUGAGAAGGUGUGAGUAGUGAGGAGGAGUGAGGAGGUGUGAGGAGGUGUGAGUAGUGAGGAGGUGUGAGAAGGUCUGAGGAGUGAGGAGGUGUGAGUAAUAAGGAGGUCUGAGGAGGUGUGAGUCAGGAAGUCUGAGGAGGAGUGAGGAGGUGAGUGUGGAGGUCUGAGGAGGUGUGAGGAGGUUUGAGUCAGGAAGUCUGAGGAGUGAGGAGGUGAGAGUGAGGAGGUGUGAGGGAGGAGGAGGCUGGAGGUGUGAGGGGGUGAGUGAGGAGGUCAGAGGAGGCUUGAGGUUGGAGGUGUCAGGAGGCGUGAGGUGUGAGGAGUGAGGGAGGAGGUGUGAGUGAGGAGGUCUGAGGAGGCUGGUGUUGUGAGGAGUGAGGGAGUAGGCUGGAGGUGUGAGGCGUGAGGAGGUGAGUGAGGAGGUCUGAGGAGGUGUGCAGGUGGAGGUGUGAGGGCCACGGUGUUUGAGGCGGUGCAGUUCGGGUCCGAGCGCGGGCCAGGGCUUGUCCCAGCGACCAGCAAACAAAAUGACGGGGCGAGCACGAGCCAGAGCGCGAGGAAGGGCUCGAGGCCAGGAGACCAUGCAACAUGUGGGCGCUGCAGUGGGUCAGCAACCUGGUUAUAUUCCGUCUAGAGCUCAGCAGCCAGCAGUGGAGGGGGAAUUAGUUGGCCGCGGACGGCAGCGAGGAACAGUAGGAGCUGCAGCCAAGUCACAAGAACUCCAAAUAUCUGCUGGAUUUCAGGAGUUAUCAUUAGCAGAGAGAGGAGGACGUCGUAGAGACUUUCAUGACCUCGGUGUGAAUACAAGACAGAACCUAGACCAUGUUAAAGAAUCAAAAACAGGCUCCUCGGGCAUUAUAGUAAGGCUGAGCACGAACCACUUUCGACUGACGUCUCGCCCCCAGUGGGCCCUCUACCAGUACCACAUUGACUACAACCCUCUGAUGGAAGCCAGAAGACUCCGCUCUGCGCUGCUCUUUCAACAUGAAGACUUAAUCGGAAGGUGUCAUGCCUUUGAUGGAACAAUCCUGUUUUUACCUAAAAGACUACAACACAAGGUCACUGAAGUAUUUAGCCAGACCCGAAAUGGAGAGCACGUGAGGAUAACAAUCACUCUAACAAACGAGCUGCCACCGACGUCACCAACUUGUCUGCAGUUCUAUAAUAUUAUUUUCAGGAGGCUUUUGAAGAUCAUGAAUCUGCAACAGAUUGGACGGAAUUAUUAUAACCCAAGUGACCCAAUUGAUAUUCCAAAUCAUAGGUUGGUGAUUUGGCCGGGCUUCACAACUUCUAUCCUUCAGUACGAAAAUAACAUUAUGCUCUGCACUGAUGUCAGUCACAAAGUCCUUCGGAGUGAAACUGUUUUAGAUUUCAUGCUGAACUUGUACCACCAAACUGAGGAGCACAAAUUCCAAGAGCAAGUCUCUAAAGAACUCAUAGGCUUGAUUGUUCUCACCAAAUAUAACAAUAAGACAUACAGGGUAGAUGAUAUUGACUGGGACCAGAACCCAAAGAGUACCUUUCGGAAAGCAGACGGCUCUGAGGUCAGCUUCUUAGAGUACUACCGGAAGCAAUAUAACCAGGAAAUCACUGACUUAAAGCAACCAGUUUUGGUGAGUCAACCUAAGAGACGGCGAGGUCCUGGGGGCACUUUGCCAGGCCCUGCAAUGCUCAUUCCUGAGCUCUGCUACCUGACAGGUCUAACUGAUAAAAUGCGUAAUGAUUUUAAUGUGAUGAAAGACCUGGCUGUCCAUACAAGACUGACUCCAGAGCAAAGACAACGUGAAGUUGGGAGACUCAUCGAUUAUAUUCACAAAGAUGAUAACGUUCAGAGGGAGCUCCGAGACUGGGGUUUGAGCUUUGACUCAAACUUGCUGUCCUUCUCAGGAAGAAUUUUACAAGCAGAGAAGAUUCACCAAGGUGGAAAAACAUUUGACUACAAUCCACAGUUUGCAGAUUGGUCAAAAGAGACAAGAGGCGCACCACUGAUCAGCGUCAAGCCACUAGACAACUGGCUGCUGAUCUACACGCGGAGGAACUACGAAGCGGCCAAUUCGCUGAUCCAAAACCUCUUCAAAGUCACACCAGCUAUGGGCAUACAGAUGAAAAAGGCAAUCAUGAUUGAAGUGGACGACAGGACUGAGGCUUAUCUGCGAGUGUUACAGCAGAAGGUUACCUCAGACACCCAGAUAGUGGUCUGUCUGCUGUCCAGUAACCGGAAGGAUAAAUACGACGCUAUUAAGAAGUAUCUGUGCACGGACUGCCCCACUCCGAGCCAGUGUGUGGUGGCCAGGACCUUAGGGAAGCAGCAGACCAUCAUGGCCAUCGCGACCAAGAUUGCCUUGCAGAUGAACUGCAAGAUGGGAGGGGAGCUCUGGAGGGUCGACAUGCCUCUCAAACUAGCAAUGAUAGUUGGCAUCGACUGUUACCAUGACACCACAGCUGGGCGCAGGUCAAUUGCAGGAUUCGUGGCGAGCAUCAACGAAGGGAUGACGCGCUGGUUUUCUCGCUGUGUGUUUCAAGACAGAGGGCAAGAGCUAGUAGAUGGACUCAAAGUCUGCCUGCAGGCUGCUCUGAGGGCGUGGAAUAGCUGCAAUGAAUACAUGCCCAGCAGAAUUAUCGUGUAUCGGGACGGUGUGGGAGACGGCCAGCUGAAAACCCUGGUCAACUAUGAAGUCCCGCAGUUUCUGGAUUGCCUCAAGUCUGUUGGUAGAGGUUACAACCCGAGACUGACGGUGAUUGUGGUGAAGAAGCGCGUCAACGCCAGGUUUUUUGCUCAGUCUGGAGGAAGACUUCAGAAUCCGCUUCCUGGGACAGUUAUUGAUGUAGAGGUCACCAGGCCAGAAUGGUAUGAUUUUUUUAUCGUGAGCCAGGCUGUGAGGAGUGGCAGUGUUUCUCCCACGCACUACAAUGUCAUCUACGACAGCAGCGGCCUGAAGCCAGACCACAUCCAGAGGCUGACGUACAAGCUGUGCCACGUCUACUACAACUGGCCGGGAGUCAUUCGAGUUCCUGCUCCCUGCCAGUAUGCCCACAAGCUGGCUUUCCUGGUCGGCCAGAGUAUUCACAGAGAGCCGAACCUGUCACUGUCCAAUCGCCUCUACUACCUCUAACCCGCAGAAGACAGCAAGACGUGGCUGCUGUUUUCUUUAUGAAAUGAUUGCUAGGAUUUUUAAGCUUUUAUUU